GACGCUGUUGGCAAAGAUGGAAAAGAAAAAACUUCUUUUCCUUUUGUCCGACAACCUGAAAUAUCAGUUUGAGAUCAAAAGGCUCAAAUGUGCUUAUGAUGUCGCGCGCCAGUGGUAUGGACACGCGAGGAGAAACUUCCACCAGUUGUUCCACCAUCGGACGCAGGUUUGUAGAUUUUUUCAACUCAGGCAAUUCGUUUUUAUAAGUUCGGAGAAUUCAUCUUGAAAAUGAUCGAUCUCCUCGGUUUACUUUUUGAAAAGUUCAUUGUUUUUCCAAUCAGUUCAUGAUGGCUUAUAUUUAUUUUGAAUAAUUCGAGCAAAUUCCCAAAAACAUUAAAUGUUUUUGGACAAAAAAAAUGCUGAAAACAAAGUCUUGAAAUAUUUUCUGAAAACGUUCAUGACUUGAUCGUCUCACUUGAGAGAGACCAACAGCAUGAACCUCAAAUUUCAGGAAACCGAUUGUGGACGUCAUUUUUCAACGCUAGUAGACUUGGAGCUACACAAAAUUUCUCUAAUCGAGGCUGCAUCUAAGUCGAUCGAGGAGUGCAACCUUUCUGGCAGCUUGCUCCUUGAAGAAUUGACGACGGGCCAGAAACAUCGUCUAAAAGUUGUGUCCAGGGCGGUCAUUUCCAAAGAGAAUUCUUUGACCAAAGCUCAUGAACGCCUGGACAAACUUCGUGAAGAUCUGAAAAACCAUCGCCGUGAUGUGAGUUUUUGUCCCUUUUGUCGGAAUUAGAAUGUAUUUCAGGUCGAUCCUUUGAGAGAAGUUCCCCUGCCCGAACUAUUCGAUGAAGUAAGUUUUUGAUUAGGCCGUUUAGUUUUGUUUAUUCGGUUUAAAACCACUUUAGAUGUUUCCUUAUGAAUUUUUACGGAUUUUAAUGAUGUAUAUUCAGGUGGGCAAAGUGCACACGGAAGCUCAAAAAGCUGCGUUUUUGAAAAUGUUUUUAGAGGUUAGUUUUGAGUUAAUAUUUGUCUCCAUUUCCCAGUCUAUAAAAAGAGACUUCCUUCGUAGAAAGAUUUUAAGAAAAAGAAAAAGCAAAAAAACAAAAGAAAAUUUAACUUAGAUGAGAAAAGAAGGUUUCAAAUCCGGACUGAAUUUCGGUUUCUGUGCAGUUAUAUCAUAUUUUUAAAUGGCUACCUUCCCCCACAAUUUCUUUUUAAAAAAAUCAUCAGCAAGUUUUUAACAAGUGCCCCUGCUCUUUGCAUUCCCAUAUGGUCAGUUUUGAGGAAGUACACGAAAGAAAAUCCAAGUUCAGAUAACUGGUGAUGUCGAGAAACUGGGUGGGAAGACUGGAGGACAUCAAAACGUUGCUCUGAGCAGCAAAGAGGUAAAUUUUUCAAGCUGAUCAAUAAACACUAAAAAAAUUCAAAUUAUCAGAACAAGGACGCGACUCAAUUCUCUCACAAAGUCGCUGACAUGUCUCUAGAGCCAAUUGCAAAGGACUCUGGGGUUCGUCUGGCCAAUGUUGAUGUAAGUUUUUCUUCCGAAGGGUAUCAACAGAGAUUUGCGGGAAAAACUCAGUGUUUUCAACUUUUUACGUCAACUUUCUACCACUUAAUAUUUAAAAAGUUUAUUUUUAUCGGAGAAUGAGACAAUUAAAAACUUUUUUCCUUAUUUAGACAGUCAGCAACAAAGAUUAAUCGGUAAAAUUCAGAGCAUGGAGAUUUCCGAUGCGGCGGCGACGCGAUCAUUACAAAAAAAGAAGUUGACUUGCCUCCACAGCAGAUCGUCCAGGACUCCAAAGCUCUUCUGGCCAUUGCUGAUGUGAGUUCUCUCCUGAAGUGUUUGAACGGAUAUUGGCGGAAGGACUCAGUGUUUUUCGAAUCUGACCAUUAAAAGACUUUUGGAUCUGAUGAUGAAAUCGUGAAAUGUUUAGAAGAAUAGAGUUUUUGCUUCCUAAAAAAAUUAUAAAGAGGCAAAAGUAAACUUCUGCGUUUUUGAAUGAUUAUUUGAAAAUGCUGAUAAUCAGGUAUCCCAAUAUAAGAGUUCCCUGACUUUGAUUUUACCCCAAUCGUCACUUCAAAAUUAAUACAUGACAAAGGUGAUUUUUUCCAUGAUUAAUGAAUAGACUGACAACCCGGUGAUUCUUUUAUACAAGAAAUUUAUCGCUAAACAGCUCUUUUUUCAGACGAACAAAACUGGCGAUUGCGACAAGCCAAAGCCUAUCCGCACACUCCAAGAGAUCGCAGCAGUCAGUUAUUCAUGGCACAUUUCGGAGUUAAAUUCUUUUUCAGGAAACCAUCAACGUAUUUCAAAGAUCAUAUUCGGUUCGGCCUUCGCUUAAGUUUCCUGAAAAUGAGAGCAAACUAAAUUCUGGGUCGAGAAUUCAACACGGCCCACGCUUCCAAGAAGUCAGUUUCUUGAAUUAG